GUGGUGACGAAGAAGACGAAAGUCCGUGACGUCACCGACGAUUCCAUUAUUAGCCUAGCUUAGCCGGGCUUCCCCUGCCCCGGCCCGGGCAAGCUGCUCAAAAUUGACGACCGCGCCCAAAUUCGUCUUGGCCGCGCGCUAAGCACGUCUUCGCGACCACGGCGAGCAGGCUAGGCCAGCGUGAGCACGAUUCCUGAGUUCGUCGCAGAAGCGGCCGUUCCACGCCGAAGGUCAUCGGGACAGGUAGAGCGCAGCCAUGUCGGCCUCUGCCGAGAAGAAAGAGCCGUCCAAGGAAGGCGAGGCGAAAGCAGCCGGGAAGCCGGAGGACAAUGUGGACAAGGACUUCGUCAUCUUCCACUUCCCCGGCGUCGAGCAACCGGAUGGGACGUCGGCGGGCUGCGAGACGCUCAAGAUCCCGAGGGACGCCGCCAUCGACCUCGUCCAGAAGGUGCGUCCCGCCGUUGCGCGUCUGGUCGAGCGGUGCCCCUGUAACGACCCGGAGCCCGAGGGCCCCGAGGCCGCCGAACCCAUGGUUCCCUGUGUCGACUGCAUGGCCGAGCUGAAAGCGGAGGCGCGGCGCAUCUCCACGAAGGCCAUCGUCCAGACGGCCGUGUCCGACGUGGCUAUCCAGCAGCCGUGUCCGUUCACGGCGCAGUCGUUGACCAUGACUAAGACCUGUCCUGUUCCCCCGCAGGCUGCCCCGCUGCCAGACAAGAUCACGCAACAGAUGACUUUUAUCAAGAUCAGCUGCGGCAAGUGUGGCGCCGAACAAGUCAUGGACCCGGCUCAGACUGCGGCCGUCAAGGCUCCAGCCGCCGCUGGUGCCGCGCCCGCAGCGACGCCUGGCGCCACGCCCGCAGCGACGCCUGGCGCCACGCCCGCAGCGACGCCUGGCGCCACGCCAGCAGCGACGCCUGGCGCCUCCAAAACCGGUGCCGGUCCCUGCGGCGGCCCCGGCCUGAUGAACGUCGUCAGCGCCGGGCCCGGCACCAACACGCACAUCCAAUUCAGCUGCAACUGCCUCGAGAAGUUCGGAUUCGCACCCAGCGGUAGCGGCGUAGCGCUGCCACCCAUACCGCACGCGCCCAACUGUUGCUACGCCUUGGGCAACGCGCAGCCCCCCGCGGGCAGGGCAAGUUCGAGUCGCGAUCACAACGACCUCGUCCGAGACCGGCUGAUCGCCGAGGAGCGUCACAUGAUGGAGCGGUUCGAAGAGGACGACUACGACGACGCCUGGCCGCGAAGGCGAAGCUACCAGGAGUUCGAAGAGCGGAGAACGUACGGCAACGGUGGCGGUAGGUCGCGCAGCAGCAGGGGCGUUGAUGGCCGUCGUGACAGGUUUGAGGAAGAACUGGGCGACUUUAACGAAGAUGCCGACGAUUAUGACGGGCGGUACACCAUCAGGCGCACGUCCUCGGGAAACGUCGCCAUCAUCGGUGACGAUAACUACCAAGUGCGCGUCGCGGUCGGCGGCAGAAGGUCGGCAGGCCGAAGGCGUGGUUACCGCUGAUGCAUAAAAAGCCGUGGUCUCGUUUGGCA